AUGACCAGCCUCCAUAAACGAAACGAAGAACGAACUCACGAAGAAAAUCAAGAAAGGGCUUUUAUCGCUGCGAGCCAUCGAGGCGAUCGAAGCAUAGAAGCACGAAUGGAAUCUGCGCGAAAAGCCUCUGAGGUUCAUAAGAAAAGAACCGGCAAGUCACUCAAAAUCACCGAAGAUGAUGUACGUAAUGAGGAAAUGUAUCGUGAGGUUGAUCCCGAAGAAGAUGCCAAAUAUCAACAAUAUCAUCGUGAAGUUAUUGGCGAACCACCGAGACCCCAAGGCAGAAGUGCACCAUAUAAUGAAACAAGAGCCAAAAAAUGA